AUGUCUUCUCAAGCAAAUGAAGAACCAACUCAAGCAGGAGCAAACACAACUCAAGCAGAAGCAAAUGCAACCCAAGAAGAAGAAACUCAAGCUGAACCAAUUGUUGGGAGAAAGAGGAAAAAAACAAGUGUAAUUUGGAAAGAUUUCGAUGAAAAGGAAAUUACUAAAGGUGUGUUUAGAGCUGUUUGUAAACACUGCAAAGCACAAUAUACUACUGGGACGGUAGGAUCCAGCACGAGUCAAAUGAAACGACAUCUUGUAAGUUGCACUGCCAAGAAAUUGCAAGAUGCUACUGAAAAGAGACAAGCUGCUAUUCCAUUUAAGCGUGUGAGUUCAGGUAACCCCUUUCUUACUUCUGGUGUUGGAUACUCUAAUGAAAGGAUGAGGGAAAUAAUUGCAACUGCUGUAAUGGUUCAUGAAUAUCCUUUUAAUGUUGUUGAGGAUGAUGUUUGGAUGUGGGCAUUCGAAUAUGCAAAUCCUGAGUUUCGCAAGGUUACUCAUAAAACAACAAGAAGUGAUUGUUUGAAACUAUUCGAGAAUGAGAAAAAAAUCUUAAAGAAACAGUUGGAAAGUGUGAGCAAGAUUAGUUUAACAACAGAUAUGUGGAAAUCUAGCCAUCAAGUGGUUGAAUAUAUGGUUAUCACAGGACAUUUCAUUGAUGCGGGAUGGAAUCUUCAGAAAAGAGUUUUGAGUUUUGUGAAAGUGCCUGCACCAAGACGUGGUAUUGACGUGGCUGAUGCUAUUCAUAAAUGUUUGAAAACUUGGAGGAUUGAAAGUAAAAUAUUUACAGUAUCUGUUGAUAAUGCUGCUUACAAUGAUUUGUGCUUGAAAUAUCUUAAGGAUAAUAUAUCGAUGAGUAGAAAGUUAAUCCUUAAUGGUGAUUUGUUUCAUGUUAGGUGCUGUGCGCAUAUUUUGAAUUUGUUAGUGCAGGACGGCCUUAGUAAAAUUAAGGAUAUCAUUUUUAAUAUUCGUGAGAGUGUCAAAUAUGUUAACCACAAUGAUGCAAGGCUAAAGAACUUCUGUGAUGUGGUUGAGCAAAAAGGUUUGAAAGAAAGGAAACUCGUCAUCGAUUGUCCUACAAGAUGGAAUUCAACCUUCAAUAUGGCGUCAACCGCUUUGAAAUUUAAAAUUGUAUUUUCAGCCUACAAAGAAAGAGAGCCUCACUAUGAUCAUGCCCCUUCAUUUGAAGAAUGGGACAAAGUUGAGAAAGUGUGUAAAUUGCUAGAAGUGUUCAAUUCUGCUACUCAUGUGAUCUCAGGUAGUGAGUAUCCAACUGCAAAUUUGUAUUUGCCAGAGGUCUGGAGGGUGAAGCAAGUACUUGAUAUGGCGGAUGAAGAUGAAGAUCUCUUUAUGAGAGAAAUGGCAAAACCAAUGAAAAAGAAGUUUGACAAAUACUGGGGGGAGAGUAAUUUGUUGAUGGCUAUAGCUAGUGUUUUGGAUCCUAGGUGCAAAUUUCACAGUGUUUGUAUAUGUUUUCCCAAGAUAUAUAAAUCCAAGGAAGUUUCUGAUGAGAAUAUAGAGAAGGUUAGGCGUUCCUUGGAAUUAUUAUAUGAUGAGUAUGUGGCCUUAUCUUUGGAAGAGUCUUAUUUGAUGCCUGCUGUUAAUUUGGAUAAUUCAUCUUCCUCUCAAACAAAUGUUAAAAAUGCCACUGGAAUUGAUGACUUGUUACAAACCAUUCGGGAGCAACAAGCCAUUUCUCCCACGAAGUCAGAAUUGCAAGAUUAUCUUGAUCAAGGUGUUCAUGUUGUUCCUAACUCUGAAUCCUUUAGUGCUUUGGAAUGGUGGAGGAACAACAGCAUGAAGUAUAAGAUCUUGUCUAAGAUGGCUGCUGAUAUACUAGCUAUUCCAAUCUCAACUGUUGCAUCAGAGUCCACAUUCAGUGCUGGAGGUAGAGUUAUCGAUGAAUUUCGCUCUAGAUUAAAUGAAGAAUCUGUUGAAGCUCUCAUUUGUGGUGGUGAUUGGUUCCGUCAUAAAUAUGGUGUGAAGAACAAAUCAAAGGUUGAUAAAGAUGAGAUACAAAUCAACUUGAAGAUUUGAUAUCAUUUUGGUUUUUUGGGCUGGUUUGUGUACAUGAAGCUGAUGAGUGAUUUGUUGACUUGUGUGAUAUGUUGAAUUAUGCUGACUUUUGCUACACCUUGAAGAUUUGAUAUCAUUUUGGUUUUUUGGGUGGUCUCUGUACAUGGAGCUGACUAUGAGUGAUAUGUUGACAUGCUGACUUUUGCUACACUUGAGUUUUGACUAAGACCAUGUGACUAUGAGUCUAUGACUAAUGAGUGUCACUCUAUCACUCAUUUCUUUUUUUGUUUUCUCAUAUCAAGCACUUUAUGAAAUCAUAUGAUUUUCUAUUUUUUGGUGAAUUGUACUCAAAUGGUUGAUAAACAUUGAUGAGUACUAACGAAAGAUUAUUAUUAUUAGCUCUAAAUUCAUUGUGAUUUGUUGUUUUG